CUUACUAGGAGCAGCUAGUGUGAAAGUAACCGUACAAUUAAAAACAGAGGCUGAUAUUAUCUACAACAUAUUGGUGUAAAAUCGUGAAAAUGUUUAGCAAGUUGAGGCGGGGCAAUGUUGCUGGAGUAACACUAAGAACCAAAUCGGGUUCCAAUCAUCGUUUUGUUGCGUUGGUUAUUUUUUAUUGCAUUUAUUUUAUAUUUAUAAGAUUGAGCUAUUCGCAAGCCGAUGAAGCUGCCACAUCGGGUGAUAAUGAAAUUUCACACAUUGGUGAUGAUUGUCAGGUGACACCUGUCAUACAUGUGCUCCAAUAUCCUGGCUGUGUGCCAAAGCCAAUACCAUCAUUUGCGUGUGUCGGACGCUGCGCUAGUUAUAUACAAGUUUCCGGCAGUAAAAUAUGGCAAAUGGAGCGCUCCUGCAUGUGCUGCCAAGAGUCGGGUGAACGUGAAGCUGCUGUCUCGCUC